CGCGCUCGUCCUGGUCCUGCUCCUGAACUCGAGCCUGUACGAUCAUAUCGUCAUCCGUCUCUCUAUCUCCAUCGGAAAACCAGAGCAGUGGGGACUGGGGAGCGACAAGGGAGCAAAGAAAUGCGAAGAUGAGUUUGGCUACAGGAGGAGACAUUUCAAGUCCUGCAAAGAGAGUUGCAGUCGUCGGUGCUGGUGUUAGCGGACUUGCUGCAGCGUACAAGUUGAAGUCAAAUGGUGUGAAUGUUACUGUAUAUGAAGCUGAAGGGAGAAUUGGGGGGAAGCUGAGGAGUGUCUCACAAGGUGGUCUAAUUUGGGAUGAAGGAGCAAAUACCAUGACUGAGAGUGAAGUGGAGGUCAGAAAUCUGCUUGAUGAACUUGGAAUUCGAGAAAAGCAGCAAUAUCCACUUUCACAGAACAAAAGAUAUAUAGUCAGAAAUGGAAUGCCUGUGCUGAUUCCAACAAAUCCCAUUUCACUGAUGAAGAGCAACAUACUUUCUACUCAGUCGAAGUUUAAGGUUAUUCUGGAGCCCCUUCUGUGGAAGAAAAGAACUAAUUCACUAACAUCUGGUGAUGGGCAAGAAAGUGUAGGUGGUUUUUUCGAGCGUCAUUUUGGCAGAGAGGUUGUUGAUUACCUGAUUGACCCAUUUGUUGCUGGUACAAGCGGUGGGGAUCCUGAAUCUCUUUCUAUGCCCCAUUCUUUUCCAGAGUUAUGGAAUUUAGAGGAAAGGUUUGGUUCCAUUAUUGCUGGGGCAAUUAAAUCGAAGCUAUCAGUCAAAAGAGAGAAAAGAGGAGAACUAAAGAGCACUCCUGAAAAAAAGAAGCAUCAAAGAGGUUCAUUUUCUUUUCAGGGUGGAAUGCAGACACUUGCGUACAUGUUGUGCCAGAAGCUUAGCGAGGAUAACCUUAAAUUGAAAUCAAAGGUUUUGUCGUUGUCGUACAGUCAUGAUGGGGCACCUGCAUCAGGGGAUUGGUCAGUUUCUUACUCUUCUGACCAUAACAAGCAUUUACAAGACUCGACAUUUGAUGCUGUGAUCAUGACGGCUCCAUUAUGCAAUGUUAAGGAAUUGAAGAUUACAAAAAGGGGAAACCUCUUUCCGCUUAAGUUCAUUCCUGAGAUAACUUACGCGCCACUGUCAGUCAUGAUUACUACCUUCAGAAAGGAGAGUGUGAAGAGACCACUUGAGGGAUUUGGAGUUCUUGUUCCUUCGGAGGAGCAGAAAAAUGGGUUGAGGACUCUUGGAACACUCUUUUCCUCAAUGAUGUUUCCAGACCGUGCACCUGAUGACCUGUACCUGUAUACAACCUUUAUUGGAGGAAGUCGAAACAGAGAACUUGCAAAAUCUUCCAAGGAUGAGUUAAAGCAGAUAGUUACUUCUGAUCUAAGGCAGCUGCUGGGAGCUGAGGGAGAGCCCACAUUUGUGAACCACUGUUACUGGAGUAAAGCGUUCCCCCUGUAUGGGCGGAACUAUGACUCCGUUCUGCAAGCAAUCAAGAAGUUGGAAGAAGAUCUUCCUGGAUUCUUCUACGCAGGUAACCACAAGGAUGGGCUUUCUGUUGGCAAAGCAAUGGCGUCGGGUUGCAAAGCAGCUGAUCUUGUGAUAUCCUAUCUCAACUCUUCUUCAGACGAUCGAGAACCCCGGUGAAGAGUGAGAUAUCUAGAAACAGUUACAUGCUCUGUAUACCCUUGGCGUUGUGCACUCUUUAUUUAUAUAUUUUUUUUCUUGUUAUCAAACUGGAAUUUCGAAAGUGAGCCACUGACUUUACUCCCGUACGCAGAUGAGACAUGGCAGAAACUACUUCCAUACGCAAUUUUUCUCUUCUCGCAUAGCUAUAGUUCAGUGUCCCUGAUAUAAGUGACCAUGGUUAAAAAGUAUUUGGUUUUUUUGGGGGGGGCGCAGUGGUCUUUUUGAAUUCUUCAAAUUCCUU